AUUUUUUUUUUUUUAACUUGCCCCUGAUUUGUUUUGUCUUUACUGUGUUGGUAAGUGAAAAACAACACCCAAACAAUUCAACAGUCUCAAACAGACCACCCUUUACAUGCACGCGCACACGCGCACGCGCUCACACACGUACACACAAAUAACAAAUCACAAAGCGUCACAAGUGCUGUUUUGGCGCCAUUCCAAUAUUCCCAUCAGCCAAUCAGAACCGAGAGAAGGCGGUCUCCCCUAGAGAGGGUGGCUUCUAGCGAACCAAUCAGAUCGCGCGAAACGGCUACACGUUUCUACCGAGCCCUGUGGCUCUUUAAACCCGAUAUCAGCGACGCUGUUGCGGAGUAACGUCGCGCUUUAGCUCGGGGAUACACAUCCAUAAUCAUUAUCACUGCGGUUACGCCAUGGCGAGCGCUCCAGGAGCCGCGAUAGUCGUCGUCGUAGCCCCCGUUCCUCCUCCUUCUAAUCCUCCUCGUCGCCGCAGCAACGUGCGCCGGAGCCUCUUCGGCGCGGUCGACCACGACGAACUCCAGCGCGAAGUCGACUCGAAGCUCCGCGAGAUCUCCGAGCGCGACCGCCGCCGCUGGAACUUUGACUUCGCGUCAGGCACGCCGCUGGACGGCGACUACGAGUGGGAGGGAGCGGCGGCCGAGAGGACGCCGGUGUUCUACCAGGAGUCGCUGCAGGUGGGGAAAAAGAGGGUUGCACUUGCAGCAGCCGCUACACCUCCGGAACGGGAGAACUCCGCUGCCGGAGGGAGCGACGGAGACGGGAAGCCGAGUGCACGACUCGUUGCAGCAACGACUACGACCCGAAUUACAGAUUUUUUCGUCAAACGGAGGAGGAAACAUGGAGAAGAGCUGAAACGCCGCGGCGCUCCGAACCUCUUCGGCUCGAUGCCCUCCGAGCAAACUCCGCGGAAAAGACUUAGAUGAAGGGAUUUCCCCUACCAGAAGCUCUAGAACCCCCUCCCAUGGUGAGGAGAAUCAAGCGAAGUCCAGAGCGAGGAACGCAGCCCUUAAAGAAAACAUCACAACGAUGAACAUGAAGGGCGACACAUUUUCUUUGCUCGAACACUUUUUCCGAGCAGAUGAUGAGGAGAACUUUGAGAGUUCGAUGAGGAGUCAGGCGUGAUCUCGCUCCCAGCGAGAAGAAACGAAUGUAGCAUCUCAAACUGUACAUGAUUUGUGUUGCUGUUUACUUGAGACUCCCUUUUGGGUUUUUUUUGCGUUUCCUCAAUUUUCACGUUUUCCAGUCAUUUGCAUGGAGAGCAGUUCCGUGGCUCGUGAAGGUGUGCUUGAUGGUUCGCCUCGCAGCCAGUUGGCACCACCAAUUACGUUUGGAUGCUUCUGUUGAACAGCUGUGAUUUUCUUGACCAAUGUCGAUUAUGUUUUGAAUGCACGUUUUCCUGAAAUGCGCAUCGCAGUCAAGGAAACGGGACAAUCGUGUAAAUACGCAGAUGCACACGAAAGCUUUAACCGACAGGACAACAUGCCUUUGUGCUAACUCUAUUUUGUUGUAAAUAUAUACAAAAAUAUUGUAAACUUUUUUUUAUUUAUGCCUUGCUUUUCAGUGUUUCAUUCCCCCUGAAAUCAGGGCUCCUUGUCAUGUUCCUGAGCCAUUUUGUCACUUCACUGUCCUGAAAUGCUUGUAAUAUAAUGUGAAUCAAUCAAA